GAAAGAGUUUCGACCAAAAAAAAAAGAAGAAAGAAAGAGUGACGCAACCAUGGAAGCAGAGAUGAACAAGAAGAAGCUGGCGGUGGGCCUUGUCAUCCUUACGGUCUUCAUUUCCCGUAUCGGAGCUUGGACCGGUGAAAUCAACGGCAGAGUUAUCUGUGAUGUUUGCGGCGACUCCGCCCUCGGACCUGAAGAUCAUAUUCUAGAAGGUGCUGAGGUAGCUGUUCUAUGCAUCACAAAAUCUGGGGAAGUUCUAAAUUACCAGGCAUUCACGAAUGCUAAGGGGAGAUAUACAGUGGCAGAGACGAUGCCUGAAAGUGACCGCUGGGAUGCGUGCCUGGCACGACCUAUCAGCAGCUUCCAUGAGCACUGCACUCAUCUCAGGGGUGCCAGCUCAGGAGUAAAGUUCAGUUAUAAUCAUCCAUCAGGUUAUUCUCACACCGUCAGAACUUUUGUCUAUCGACCAUCUAGUGUACCAGUAUACUGCAUUUGAACGUUGUAGGCUUGAUGUAUAUUACUGUUCUGUAGUUGCAAUCUUGCUUUGCCUAUAUUGAAUGGAAUUGGAAAAGAGAUUAUGUAGUCAUUACACAAUGAAUGUUAUUAUAGUGCUGUGGGAGGUUGAUGCUGCAGUGUAGUUUUUGUUAA